UGCGCGAAUUGAUUCUGAAUGAGAAAAUAAGCUAUAUAAAAAUCAUCUGCCAAAUGGGCAUAAUUCCUGAAGCAUAGAGAAAACCUCACAAAUUAUCCAUGCCAGCUUUUGCUGCUCGUGACACCAACGCCUCCACCUUUCUCCUUGCGGGCUUCCCCGGCCUGGAGCAGCACUACCCCUGGCUCUCCAUCCCCUUCUCCUGCAUCUACGCCGUGGUGCUCUCCGGGAACUGCCUGGUGCUGCAUGUGAUCCGGACGGAGCCCACCCUGCACCAGCCCAUGUUCUACUUCCUGGCCAUGCUGGCCGUCACGGACCUGUGCAUGGGGCUGUCCACCGUGCACACGGUGCUGGGCGUCCUGUGGGGGCUCAGCCGGGAGGUCAGCCUGGAUGCCUGCAUUGCCCAAACUUACUUUAUCCACGGUCUAUCCCUCACAGAGUCGGGAGUCCUUCUCGCCAUGGCCUUUGAUCGCUUUACUGCCAUCUGCAACCCUCUGAGGUAUGCAUCCAUAUUAACCAACGCCAGGAUCAUCAACAUUGGGCUUGGAAUUUUAGUUAGGAGUUUCAUGUUCAUCGUGGCUCCCAUAAUCCGCCUAAAGUUUUUCCGCUACUGUCGUUCCCACGUCCUCUCCCACUCGUUCUGCCUGCACCAGGACCUCCUCCGGCUGGCCUGCUCGGACAUCCGCUUCAACAGCGUCUAUGCCUUGGCCCUGGUGAUCUGCACCCUGCUUCUGGAUUCCGUGCUCAUUCUCGUCUCCUACAUCAGGAUCCUGCACUCUGUCCUGGCCAUCGCCUCCCGGGAGGAGCGGCUCAAGUCCUUGCAGACCUGUGUCUCCCACCUCUGCGCCGUCCUGGUUUUCUACAUCCCCGUCAUUGGUCUGACCAUGGUGCACCGCUUUGGGCAGCACCUCUCGCCCGUGGUCCACGUCCUCAUGGGCAACGUCUACAUCAUCGUCCCACCCCUGAUGAACCCCAUCAUCUACAGCGUGAAGACCCAGCAGAUCCGUGGCAGGAUUCGGAGGUGGUUCCCUAAAACAAGCCUGAGCACUCGAGGUUGAUGAGUUUUACGGGAGGGAAGGUAGUACUUGCGAAGGAAGUAACUCGUGAUUUGUAGUAAUAGUACAUUUACGUGUAAUGCUCGACAGCGUAAAGGCAGAGUGAUUGUGAAUUUUCUAACGUACAUAGUAAAUUAGAGAAAUAGGCAGAGGGAGUGUUAUUGAUUUUGUUUCCCAAUUUUAAAAUUAAAUAAAAA